AUGGGUAUUUUGAGCCUUCUUGGAUUUGGUCAUAACAUUGAGGAGAAAGGUGCAUCCAAAACCAACCUUAUACUCAUUGGUCCACCGGGUUGUGGGAAGGGCACUCAAGCGUCCCGUCUGAUGAAAAAAUAUGAAGUGUGUCAUUUGUCAACUGGUGAUAUGCUUAGAGCUAUCACGUCCUCGGGCUCAGAACUCGGAAAUAAGGUCAAAGGACUUAUGGAAGGGGGUCAACUGGUGCCUGAUGACAUUGUAUGUGAACUGAUCGAUCAGAAGUUGGACAGCCCCGAGUGCCGAAAGGGUUUCAUUCUUGACGGAUUUCCUAGGACGAUUCCCCAAGCUGAAAAGCUUAGCGAUUUAUUGCAUAAGAGGAAGGAGGAUCUUACGGCUGUUGUAGAACUUCGAGUUGCUGAUGAAUUGCUCAUAACUCGGAUUUGCGGUAGGCUUUUUCACUUGGCCAGUGGACGAUCCUAUCAUGAAACUUUCAACCCUCCAAAGGUUCCCAUGACUGAUGACAUCACUGGAGAAAGACUUGUUCGGCGAAGUGAUGACACCGAAGAGGUUCUUCGAAAGCGUCUUGAGAGUUACCACAACAUGACGUCUCGAUUGUUGGAAUUUUAUCAAAAAAGGAAUUUGCUUCUUACUCUCGAUGGCUCCCAAGGCAUGGAUGAAGUUUUCAGAGACAUCACAAAAGGCAUUGACAGGCAAAAAGAAAAGCACAGGGAGUCGCGCUGGUGGCAGCGGCGGGCGAACAUGAUCCUAGAGGGCAACUACGAUGACAUUUACCGCCGAACACGGAAUCUUGGCGUCACAGAAGAAGGACAUCCGCCCUGGAUAGACAAUCUGUGGAGACGCCUAAAACUGGUAUUAACUACCAAAGAGACACCAGACUUUGGCCAUUCGGAAAAGUCUAUUAUGGGCUGUCUACAGUGCCAAUAUGAAGUUGAUAAUCAAGUGACCAAGCAGUACCUCCUCCAAGUCUCUACCGACUGA